AUGGCGAGCGCACAGGAUUUGCAGCCCACCUGCGAGGACUACCAUUCCGACGACAGUGACGGUCCCGUGUCUUUCCAGGGCCGCAGUUCGCCCAAUGCCGCUAACGUCUCCACCAAGCGCUCGCAUCCCUCGGACUUGGAUAAAGAAAAGCCGCCCGCUCAGGAGAGGGCGCACCCCAACUGCGACCUUCGCUCCGACUCAGGGUACAGCAGCUACACCGCCGCCACUUCGAGCAGCACUAAUUCGACUCAAAGUGCUCCUUCGCAACAAUCGACUCAACACGUCGCUGCUCAGCCUCAAGCUGUUCCCCCUCCGCUACCCGACGCACCGCCGCCGCCCCAAAAGACUCGCCGCCCAACCCAGUCCGACGCACGACCAAACGGUUCCAGCAGCACCUCACGCCCACGAGGUUUGUCGCGCUCCGCCUCGACGUCGACCAAGCCUGCCGCCGAGAAGCGUAGGCCCACCAUCACCCAAGAGCACCGCCCGGACCGCACCCGCCGCGACAGCAGACUCGAGGAGAGCAGUGCUCCCCCCCUUCGCCGUCGACCUACCGUGACCCGGCCUGAGUUGCAGCCGUCUCAAUCCGCCAAAGAGGUCAACCGUCUGUCCAUCAACACGCAGGACACACGCUCCAUGCGUUCUGAUCCCGCCUACUACCCGUCGCCUCCCUCGCCCUCCCAGGCUCGUCAUCAAACCCAAUACUACAAGCAGGGACAGGUCGUCGUCCAGCCCGCUACCGCUCGCCCUCGCAGAUCAUCUACCGCUCGCCCCAUGAGUUACAGCGGUGAAGGCCCCCAGUACUACAUGGGUAACCCAUACCCCAGCCCACCCCAGGAGCCGCACGGCCCUCCGCUUUCACACUCGGCUUACCAAAACAUGGGAUACGGAAUGCCCAACAUGGGCCCUCACGCCCCCUACCCUGCAGCUAACGGCUAUCCAAUGCCACCAUAUGGAUACGAUGGUCAGGAAAGACCUGUCCGCCAUGCCAACAACAUGGCACGCAAUGGGCCCAAGCCUGUCAUUACCCAAGCCCCGCCUCGCGACCCAUACUCGGCCAGGCGCCACCAGGCUCAGAGUGCAAGCGCCACCCAGACCAGGUUCCCCACAACGCUGCAGAUCGAGUCCGGAGCCUACGAAAGCGAGAGUGCCAGCGAGAGUGACUACUCAGAGGACGAGUACUAUGAGCCGGAGCCCACCGACGAGCGUUACGGACGUGCAAUCAUGCCACCGCCUCCUGCUCCCAAGGCCAAGUCGAAGAGCAAGAAGGAGAAACCCCAGCGGCCCACCAUGCGUCAUGCCAACACUACCCAGGUUGUCGACGUAGAUCGCUCUCGUCGCCAAUCUCUUGUCGUCCAGGAUGCCGGCCGACAGCGCAGUGCACAAGUCGCUGAGCGCCGCAAGUCUGUCAGCCGACCAGUCUCUCUGCAGCGACAGGUUCAGUCCGAGUACCCCGCACGUGGUGGUGCUCAGGUGGUGGUGAACAGGAGCGAAAAGAGUGAGCGACGCAGGUCCGCCCAGGUUUACGACACUGCCUACAACUACGAAGCCUACCGCGAGGAGAGAGAGAGAGCAGACCGCCGAGCUGCCAAAGAGGCCAAAGAGGCCAAGGCUCGACAACGCGAAGAAAAGGCUGCGAGGAAAGCAGCCGAAGCCGCUUUUGCUGCCCAGUACGAGGCUGAGGAGCAGCAGCGUAAACGCUCAAACCGCAACUCAAAGGUCAUGUAUGAUGCUCCAGGAGCAUUUUACAGCGGCUCAGAUGACGAGGAAGAUGACGAGGAAGAAUACGUUCCCGAAGCUCCCGCCCCUCCGGCCCGCACUCGCCGCGGAACAGAUGCAGGCAAAGGCAAAGGACGUGUGGGUGAACACAAGAUCAAGCGGAUUGAGAGUGCUGCCGAAGAGUACAUCAGUGCUCAGCGCGGCACUCAUAAUCCACUCAACGACCACAUCCACAGCGCCGCCAAGAAGGCUUCGAGGGUUCCCUCCAUGCCCUCUCAUUCCGGCUCUUCUGGGAGCGAGAAGCACAGCCAGUCCAACCGCACUGCCGUUGCCAACGCAAACAAUGAGAUUCGUCUCCGAGUCGAUGCAAACGCACCACUCAGUUUGCAAUUCAACGGCGAUAUGGAAGGUCGCACGCUUCGCAUGAUUCCAGCAGAGAACGGCAUGGCCGACCUCGUCAUUAGCGGUGGCCGUGGAGAGAGCCAAUACAACGGCAGCGACAGGGGAAGCAACUCGGGCGAUAAGAUGGCUUUGGUUCGAGACCCACGGAGACAGGCAGAGGAAAUGACUGAGACGAGCGGACGCAGCCACCGUAGGCGUGAGAGCAGACUAGUACGAGAGCAUGAACGGGAUGUUGCCCAGCGACCUCUACGUCGCCGGGCUCAUACCGCCACCACCUAUACCUCAUAG